GAGGAAAAUGAUUAUUAUGAUAUAGUCGGAUGCAACGAACUUUCAUCGAAGGAACAAAUACAAACUGAAUACAGAAAGAAAGCAAAAGAAUUGCACCCAGAUAAAAACCUUACAUCAACUAGUGACAAAAGCUUCAAGGAACUUUUGAAAGCUAAAGAGACGCUUUGUGAUGCUGAGAAGAGAUUGACGUAUGACAACUGGAGGAAGAGUGGUCUGAAGAUACCGUUUGAAGUUUGGAAAGCCAUGAAUGAAAAC